CGGCGAGUCUGGAGCAGCAGCGCAGCCCGAGAGAGAAGCUCCGCGCAGAGACACGCACAGGACGCGUUCAGGAGACAUUCGCACGUUUUUAGAGACGAUACUGAAGCGCGGACUCCUCGGGACGGCCGCGGGGAGACCGUGCGUAAAAGGCGUCUCCAAAUCCGGCGUGAAUCCGUUUGGCGCAGACUUUUGGGGCUCCACAUUGACGCGGACUGAAACCAAGACCCUCGCGUUUGGAUUUAACAUUCUUGGACGUUUAUUUUCUACAUUUCUUCAACAUUAAUUGCUUGUCGAGGAGUUUUGGGGGAAAAGUUUGUCCCGCUCUCGCCUCCUGCGCCUCGGACGUGGUGUUUUCGGUAUGCCUGUGUCGAGCUCGUGUCCAGACAGGUAACCAGGAGCACCGCUGCUGUCAUGGCUCUGCAGCUCCUCCUCCUCCUCCUCUCGUCGCUCUUGGUUCUGACCAUCACAGCUGCUCCGGACCGUCCCGAGCACGAGUGGCACUUUAACCCAGCUCAGUGCCGUUACGCUCUGGGGAUGGAGGACGGGACCAUCCCAGACUCGGACAUCAGCGCCUCCAGUGCCUGGUCCGACUCCACGGAAGCCAAACACGGAAGGCUGAGCACCGGAGAGGGCGAUGGAGCCUGGUGUCCUGCUGGAGCCGUCUUCCCGUCCGGAUCAGAGUAUCUUCAGGUGGACUUGCAUAAACUCCAUUUCCUGGCCCUGGUGGGGACUCAGGGCCGUCACGCCGAUGGACACGGGCGGGAGUUUGCCCGGAGUUACAGGCUCCGAUAUUCCAGAGACGGAGUGAAAUGGAUCACGUGGAAAGAUCGAUGGGGCCAAGACGUGGUGCAAGGGAACGAGAACACCUAUGACGUCGUGUUGAAGGACCUGGGCCCUCCGAUCGUGGCUCGUAUGAUCCGGUUCCACCCUCUGUCCGACCGCGUGAUGAGCGUUUGUCUCCGAGUGGAGCUGUACGGUUGUGUUUGGAACGACGGGCUGAAGGCGUACACCGCUCCUGUGGGUCACAUCAUGCACCUGUCCGGGAGGCCCAUUUUCCUCAACGACUCGACCUACGACGGCAGCACGGAGCAAGGGAUGCAGUUUGGAGGUUUGGGGCAGCUCGUGGACGGCGUCCUGGGCGGAGACGACUUCAUAGAGACCAAAGAGCUGCGGGUUUGGUCUGGAUACGACUACCUGGGCUGGAGCAGAGAGACGCUGGGACAGCCCAGCGUGGACAUCGAGUUCCACUUUGAGAAACCACGAGUGUUUCACAACAUGCAGGUUCACAGUAACAACCGUCACACGCAGGGAGUCCGUGUUUUCAGCAAAGUGGAGUGUCUCUUUAAACCAGGUCUGCUGAGGCCCUGGUCCUCGCCCGGCCUCACGCUCCCCGUCCCCCUCGACGACCUCAAAGACCCCUCCUCUCGACCCGUCACGCUGCCCCUCGGAGCCCAGGUCGCGCAAAUCCUCCGCUGCAAGUUCUUCUUUGCGGAUCGCUGGCUCCUCAUUAGCGAGAUCUCGUUUCUCUCUGAGCCUUUUGACUCAGAUCCAUCGGACGUGGACUCAGUUCUUCCUAAUCUUCCCGAAGUCCCGUAUUUCAACAGUUCUUCUCUUCCGCCCGUUAAACCCAGUCCUACCUCCACCUCGUCCAACACCACCCGUCCCAGCGACCCCCAAAACACCACCUCUUCCUCCACCUCCUCCUCCUCCUCCUUCACCACGGAGCUCCCCGGUAACUGGACCCUGUCAGGACCAGAAUUCGCCGCCGUGUCUCCAAAGGCGGGGCUUCCUGUCGCUAAGGACGACAGCAGCAACACGGCGAUUCUGAUUGGCUGCUUGGUGGGCAUCAUCCUGCUGCUAUUGGCCGUGAUCGCCGUCAUUCUCUGGAGGCAGUACUGGAAAAAGAUCCUUGGCAAGGCGCAGAACAGUCUGUCGGGGGACGAGCUGCGCGUCCAUCUCUCCGUUCCCUCCGAUCACGUCGUCAUUAACAACACUCACAGCUACUCCAGCCGCUACCAGCGCAUCCACACGUUCCCUGACGACCGCGACCACGAGCGGGACGGCGAGGGCGAGUACCAGGAGCCCAGCGCCCUCCUGCGACCGCGGGACCAGAGCCGAGACAGCACCGCCUUGCUGCUAAACAACCCCGCCUACCACCUGCUCCUAUCAGAUCACAGGAAGGCAGCGGCCCCCAGCCCAGCUCGGGCCCCCGAAAAGUGCCUGAAUGUGUCCCCGGCCCAGGCCUGCGCCCUGGACCUGGAGCUGGAGAAGGGUUUUUCUCUGAGCCGCGAGGAGCCCCCCCCGUACCCGGGCGCCCCCCCGUACCCCGCCCUGUCCCCGCCCGUGUCCCCCCCGCUGCCCCCCAGCGUCCCUCACUACGCCGAGGCCGACAUCGUGAGUCUGCAGGGCGUCAGCGGCAACAACACCUACGCCGUCCCCGCCCUGACCUCAGCCAGCCCCGGGGCGGACGCGACUCCGCUGCCGGAACUGCCCCGACACUGCCUCGUCUUUAAGGAGAAACUGGGAGAGGGGCAGUUUGGAGAGGUUCAUCUGUGUGAAAUCGAAAACCCUCAGGACCUCCCCAUCCUGGAGUUCCCCUUCAACGUAAGAAAAGGGCGCCCUCUUCUGGUGGCUGUGAAAAUACUGCGCCCGGACGCCUCCAAAAAUGCCAGAAACGAUUUCCUGAAGGAGGUGAAGAUCCUGUCGCGGCUGAAGGAUCCGAACAUCAUCCGUCUGUUGGGGGUGUGCGUCAGCAGCGACCCCUUGUGUAUGGUCACGGAAUACAUGGAGUGUGGGGAUUUAAACCAGUAUCUGUCCCAGCGAGUUCUCCUGGACAAGUCUGGACCCUCCCAGACCACGCCCACCAUCAGUUACCCGGCGCUGAUCUCCAUGGCCAGUCAAAUCGCGUCGGGGAUGAAAUUUCUGUCUUCGCUGAACUUUGUGCAUCGAGACCUGGCCACGAGGAACUGCCUGGUGGGCGGGGACAGGGGGGAGGACGGCGCCGACUGCGGAGGAGAGCGACACAUCAAGAUCGCGGACUUCGGCAUGAGCAGAAACCUUUACGCCGGAGAUUACUACAGGAUCCAGGGCCGCGCCGUCCUGCCCAUUCGCUGGAUGGCCUGGGAGUGUAUCCUCAUGGGUAAGUUCACGACGGCGAGUGACGUGUGGGCGUUCGGCGUGACCCUGUGGGAGAUGCUCAGUGUGUGUCAGGAGCAGCCGUACUCCACCCUCACGGACGAGCAGGUCAUCGAUAACGCGGGAGAGUUCUUCAGAGACCAGGGCCGACAGGUGUAUCUGACCCGUCCCGCAGUCUGUCCCCAGGGUUUGUACGAACUCAUGCUCAGCUGCUGGAACAGAGACUGCAAACUGAGGCCGUCCUUCGCCGACAUCCACUCCUUUCUCACAGAAGACGCGAUGAACAUGGUGUAGACGGAAGAGGAAGAGUCGGCGAGUUCUAGCCUCUGGUGGUGGUGUUUGGUACUGCACUUGUGAGGGGAAAGGGGAUGUUUGAAGUUUAAAUUGGUUCUUCCUGGGUUGAGUGAGCGAGACCGCUGGUUCGGUCUGUUUUUACAAACCUGAUACGACGUAAUUCUAGAUUUCAGAGAGAUUUUUGGUGGUGGGUGCCUUCUGCGUAGUGACUUUACUCUCAUUUCAGUGGUAAAGGGUUCAUGAUAAAUGCUUUAGAGUUACAGUAUGCUAGGAUUUUUUUUAAAUUUUUGAAUCAACAGUUUAACCAUUUAGGAAAAUUUGCAAUCUUAAGAUGUUUUUAUUAGUGAUUAACAAUUUUAGUACUUUUUGUUUUGAUUCAGCACCGAACAGGCCCAACUCUAGGACCAGCGUCACCAUCACUGUGUAUGGAAGUGGACAGAGCUAACCUGCUAAUGCUAGCUAACGCGGCGCCGUAUUAGUCCGUAUAACCGCUCAAUUUCAGUUUAGUUUUGUAAAGCUCAAAAGUAAAACGGCGUCGUCUCUUAGGGCUGAACGUAAGAAGUGAUUUAAGCCACGGAAAGUUAGAAAAUCAACGAUGAAACAGAAACGGACAAACAAAUGGAGAAGUGUCGCAGAGCAGAGCGCCCCCUGUCCUCAGACCCUCCUCCUGCAGGAACCACUGUCCCAGAACCAGGGACUAAACUAGGACUGAACCGGGACUGAACAAGGACUCAACAAGGACUGAACCUGGACUCAACCGGGACUCAACCAGGGACUAAAACAGGGACUGAAACGGGACUGAAACGGGGACUAAAACAGGACUGAACCAGGGACUGAACCAGGGACUGAAACUGGACUAAAACGGGGACUAAAACGGGGACUAAAACGGGGACUAAAACGGGGACUAAAACGGGGACUAAAACGGGGACUAAACCAGGACUAAACCAGGGACUAAACCAGGACGGGCAGCUGUAGACGUGUCCAGGACUAAUGCACAUCCAUUCACAGAUGGAGUUCACGUCUUUAGGGUCAGAUCCGCUCAACUAAGGGACAGAGAGGGGCCCGUCCACAGCAGGACAGGAGCCACAGGAGCCACCUCAGCCACAGGCACCGGGUCGUCCAGCGAAGCGAAGGGAAGGGAGGGUCCAGGAUACAGGGGCCGAACGCUGCGGCGACGUCACUCGCUCUGUCCACUUGUUCACACAGUCUGUACGUCUGUUGUCGUUAUGUUUCAUGUAAAAUCACUGAAACUCAACACUUUUUAUGUGUUUUACUCACUUCCUGUUCUACGCAACAUUUGAAAGACUUUUUUUUUUUUUUUUCCCUUCAAAAGACAGAAUGUUUAGUUUUAAAUUGUUAACCGCUAUGGCAACUGUCCUAAUUCCUUAUUAUUCUGAAACUCUUGGAUCAGAAAUGCUAGUAUCAUUAUGCUAGCAGCUCGUUACUUGCUUCAGUUGAGUGAAACGGUGUCAGAAAGAAGCUCGUACGGACUAAACGUUGAUAUAAAAACACAGAAUGAGCAGAGAAAUACAGAGUUUACAUGAAGAAUGCAACGAUGAUGGCCCCACCUUCGCCUCUUUAACCUUUAACCGACAAACGCAAAUCACGUUAGCGCUGAUCUACACGAGACGACCGCAGCCCGACCUCCUGUCUCCCAUCUCCCGGAAAAACUGAAACGCAAAACACCCAAAUAUUCCCACUUUUGAAACAAUUCCGAGUGGAUUUUCGUUCACCAGAUGGACUCAAAGACGUUACGUACGAUUUAAAAAAAAAAGGACUCUUGGAGGGAAAGACAUGGACUGGAAAUCUUCAAACCCGCCUAUGUGUUUUCUGAUCUGGAUGAAAACCAGAUUUAAACUAUAAUUCCUUGACCAACUGCACUUUAAAAACAAAAAAACAGGCGCCCUCGACUCGCCCCUGACGCAGAUUCUGGGCUCAUAUGAUUCCUGUCAACGUGGAUUUUUGAUGUUGCAGUAAAAGAGAAAAGACUUUGCCAAAAAACCUUAAGAUGUAAAAAUAUUGUUAAAGAAAAAAAGCGUCAACUUGAUUUGUAAUUUACUACUUUUGUUGUUGAAUUAUUACCCAUAAAACAUGUCUUCAUAACGGAUUACUGUGUGUGCAAGAAGCCAAAAGUGUCCAAACUGUGAACGUCUGGGGUCUGAUUAUGAUUAUUUUGUGUGUAAAAACUGUUAAACUGGUGGUAAACGCUGCAAAGACAAAAACUCACGAAACUGGUUAGAACUAGACGUGGGACGAGAUUGAAAUUUUACAUAAAUUUUACUUAAACAGAGAAUAACACGGAUGAGCAGGGCCGUCAACAGAAAUUUGGGGGCCCCAGGUCAAUACGCUUCGCAUGGCCCCCCCUGGAAUACAAAUUAAUAGGAAGAGGGUUCAACUCGGGGGCCCCCUAAGACUCUGAGGCCCCGGAUAACAGACCUUUUUGUCCCCCCCGUUGACUCCCCUCUGGAUAAUCAUUUUUCUGCACAUUCUGGUGAUAUAACGGCGAUUAUCUUUGUUGGCGAUUAUAUAAAAUGUCCCACAAAUGAUUAUUGUCGACCGUUUUUAUCACGAUAAACGAUAUUUUUGUUUAUCGUCCCAUCUCUAGUUAUAAUACAUUUCAUAUUUUUAGUAUUUCUCAUGUCAAUACAUAGUUAGCACAGUUGGUUAGCAUGCUAAUGGGACGCAGCCCUGUUUCCGUACGGUGGCACAGUGGUUGAGCGGGAAGCACUCUCGCCUCAUGUCAAGAAGGUUCUGGGUUCGAGUCCCGGGCCUUUUAUGGAGUUUAAAUUCUCCGGGACUUGGUAAGUUUUCUCUCGAAUCCCUAAUCAACCCAAAAUGUGCACAAAAGGUAAAAUCCUCCAGCUGAAAUAAACUAGCUAAAGAUCUGGAGAUGUGUCCCUGCAGCGCCCCCUGCUCCUGACGGGUCGCCACAGCAGCUUUGAGGGAUGGGUCAAACGCAGAGGACAGAUUUCUGGUCCUAUAUUACGCAAAAGUCAUGUUCUAACGCUGUUACCUCCUCAAAAACAGACCUGGAGUUGUGUUUUGUUUCAUUCACACUUUAUUACUAGUCUGUAACGGCUCAAAAUGCUCAGUUCCACCUUGUGAUGUCAUGAAGUGAGAGUUUUCACGUUAACGCCUACCUUUUUUUUUACCUUUAUUUCAGUAGAGAUUGGUAAUUCCAGGAGCUGAAAUGAUCCAAAUGAUUCUAGUGAAGGUGCGUGGAGUUAGAAAGCACUUCCUGUAUCACCACAUGAUGACAUCACAAGGUGGUACAGAGGGUUUUCAGUUUGAGAGACGAACUCAGGUCUGUUUGUGAUGAGGAAACAUUAAAACAAUAUUCAGAAAAUGGUAAGAAAUGAACCUUAAAAGGCCCAUUUUACACUAUUUAUUCAAGCGGAACUACUGACGUGUCCAAAGUAAUUAUCAUGUUUCCAUUCUGUUAGCAUGCUAAUGUUAUGCUAAUACGCUAAUAUGCUGUUACUAUGCUUCUGGCAGCCAUAUUGUUUUAUUUUUUUUAAGAUUUCAUGUCAGUGGAAUAAGUUUAUGUAGACAAAAUGUGGAGCUGGGUCCCUGCAGCGCCCUCUGCUGGUGACAGGUCACCUCAGCAGCACUAAAGCAUGGGUCAAAUGCAGAAGGAUACAGAUUUUUACUAAGAUUUGAAGUUAAAAUGACAAAACGCGUCAUAUUGAUUGAUAGAUUUUAUAUUAAAACCAAUUGGCACCAUACAUUUUUAAAAAGUAAAAUUCACUAGAUCCACAAAAUAAACCAACUAAACCCAGUAAAUACAAGAGAAAUUCAAGUACUUUGUCUUUGCGGCGUUUCAGUCCUGGCUCAUCAUGUGACGUGUUUACUCGUGAUUGGACGUCGCCUCCGCCUGUUAUGACACUGUAAAAAAAACAAAACACAAAAAAAACUCCACCCAUAUUUUUAUAAACUGUAUGUAUUGUACUUAGACACUCCUCGUUGUCCCUCGUUUUUGAAGCUGAUCGUUUUGUAAAUAUUUUAAGGACAACUUUAAUUUCUUUUACUGAUAAUAUAUGAACAUGUGGGGUCUUCUGUGACUGUAGAACGCUUGCUACCUUGAUGCUAUCGUGUUGUCAAUUUUUUUGUAGAUGUUUUAAUAAAGUUACUCUUUUCAAAGUCA